GGAUCAUCACACUGCUUAUUCUGCCCGAGUCACUACAGGAUUAAGAUGCUCCCACGGAAGGAUGGGGAUGCUUCAGGCGGGGUUAGGUGAACUAGGACUAUUUGGCAGGCAAGAAGAUACAUUAAGAUAGUCCAAAGGUGGACAAAGACGUACAGGAGAGGAGACAAGGAGGGAGCUGAGGGCGGGGGUCCUCCAGCACAGAGGUGCCCCCUGUCCUCCAGCACCUGCUGCUGGCUAACGUCCGACAUCGAGGACACGGCCGGCUUGUGUUGUUGCAUGUCAAUUAAGGCCAGAGCAGACCUAUGCGCUUGUGUCCGGGUGCACACCAAUCUUCGCUCCUGGGAGUGACAAGAAAGGAGGUCAGAGCAUUUCCAAGGGGAUCACGGACAUCUCAUAGGGAUGGGCACCACGGAAGCCACUCUGAGAAUGGAGAACAUGGAAGUCAAGGACGAGUGGCAGGAUGAAGACUUCCCCCGACUUCUACCCGAGGACGGAGACAUGGACGCCUCGUGCGGCCUCACAGACAACAGAGGCUCACCUCCCGGCUCCUUCAACUUGAGCCCGCCCGGAGGAGGCGCCGGGGUGUCGUCCUCGCACCGUAAAAGGCGUACGCUGGUCGCCCCGGAGAUGAACCUGUCCCUGGAUAAAAGCGAAGGUUCUCUGCUCUCUGACGACUACCUGGACACGCCCGAUGACCUGGACAUUAACGUGGAUGACAUGGACACGCCGGAUGAGACCGACUCCUUGGAGUUCAUCACCAAUGGCAACGACCUGGAAUGGGAAGAUGAUGCCCCCGUGGCCUCCGCCAAAGCAGGUCCCGCCGGCCGUUCAGCGGACUUGGACGAGGAGGGAAAUGCCAACAACACCCGCCUGUGGAGGACGGUGAUCAUUGGGGAACAGGAGCACCGGAUCGACAUGCAGAUCAUCCGACCGUACCAGAGAGUCAUCACACACGGAGGUUAUUUUGGCGAGGGCCUCAACGCCAUCAUCGUGUUCUCCGCCUGCUACCUGCCCGACAGCAACAUCCCAGACUACCACUACAUCAUGGAAAACCUCUUCCUGUACGUGGUGAGCAGUCUGGAGAUGCUGGUGGCCGAGGACUACCUGAUUAUCUACAUGAACGGAGCCACGCCCAGGAGUAAGAUGCCCGGGAUUAGCUGGCUCAAGAAAUGCUACCAGAUGAUCGACAGAAGACUGAGGAAGAACUUGAAGUCGUUGGUCAUCGCCCACCCCACUUGGUUCAUACGCACUGUCCUGGCAAUAUCACGGCCCUUCAUCAGUGUGAAGUUCAUGAACAAGAUCCAAUACGUCCACAGCCUGGACGAGCUGGCCCAGAUGGUCCCCAUGGAGCACGUCCAUGUCCCGGAGUGUGUCGUGCAGUUUGACGAUGAGAGGAUUCAAGCCAGGAAGGAAAGGAUAGAGCAAGAGCAACAGUCAGUCCCACAAGAACCAUUCAACAAAAAACCACAAAGGCCAAAGUCAACGAAGGUAGACCAAGGAUUAUGAACAGAGAAAAACAGAACUCUUUUGUUAAAGGGCCCCGUGAAUCAUUGUCCACCUCAAAGAGGCAACUUCUCCACAUGUGCUUCCUAGUUUGGUCACCAUCCAGAUGCUCAUCCCAGUAGCAAAUUCCCUGUACUCUACUCUAACGUACUCUACUCUCAUGUACUCUCAUGUACUUCACUCUACGCUCAUUUUAGCGUCGUAGCAUUUGCAAAGGAGCUCCUUUCCGACUCUUGCCAGCGAACUCUUUGGAAGACUCCUAUUCGGGACGUGGAAAGUCCACAACCAAUAUUAGGAAGUUGGCGGAGGAGAGAGGCUUUAUGCACAUUUGUGUAAAUAGUUGCGUCUUAUAUCUGUGCGUAGGAUCAGGCAUUAGCCAGCCCUCUAUUUUGCUGACUUGCCAAAUGAGAAGGUCCAUAUGCACUAAGUGGAAUCACUGGUCUGCAGCUGAUGUUUGCUGCCUGUGAAGUGCGGAAAGGUGUUAGAAAAAAGGGAGAAAUGAAUGGAAAAAGGAAUGACUCAAUGCAUCCCCAAAUGUUCUAUUAAUAGCAUAAUUGAUGUUAAAUAUGAAAUAUUUUGUUUAUCUGUCUCACAUGGUUUUUGUUUUUUUUGUAUCUUACAUUUCGCACCACCGCACACAUUUAUUUUUACAAUUGGGAUCUUCUAUGAAAAACACUUUUGCAUUACUUUGCCCCAAUUCUUCGUGUUUGCUAACAAUAUUAUUGUUUUUCCACUGAGGGAUUUUCCACCGACAUCUCCGUUCCCACCCAGGCUCUGCUUAAAACCUCUUAAGCAGGGGUGUCCAAAGUGCGGCCCGCAGCUAAUUGUUUACCGGCUCUAGGGAUGAUGUUUGAUAAGGAAUUAUCGAGUUCGAGCCUAUUAUCGAAUCCUCUUAUCGAACCGAUUCCUUAUCGAUUCUCUUAUGGAGUCCAGAUAGGUUGUUGUAUGUGGAAAAAAACACACAAUAUUUGGUUUAACAAAAGCUCACUUUUAUUAUAUUAUAAAAAAAUCAAAUCUAAUAAAUGAAUAAAUAUUGACUGUUACCCCCCUAAAAAAAUAAGAUAAAAUAAAUUGACUGUUGUUACCCAAAGUAUAUUAAGUGGGAUUUUUCAGAAAAACAAAUAUAUACAGUAACACAAAAACAACCUGUCUCUGUGAUCACUAUAGGUGUAUAAAUAAUAAUAUAGUGUUAAAUAAAAUCAGUCCCUUGGGCACAAAACUGAAAAUAAUACAGCUCUCCAAAAAGUGCACUUCUGCUGCUAUUGGAACAUAACUGUUUGUUAUGAUGCUUUGACAUUUUUGCACUUUAUUUCUUUAUUGAAAGAAAAUUCUAUGAAGAGAAAAGUUGUUUACAAAUGUGGUUACAAUGCUAAAAAAUGAAAAGUUAAAGCUAAAAAAAGAGAUACACUUUAUUGAGUUAACAUUAUUUCUUUAUGGGGGAAAGAUGUUAUGAGCUAGAGAAUAUAACAACUACACUACCCAGCAUGCAACGGGAGUUACGAGCAUGCGCAGUCGCCCCGAAAAGUGUUGCAUGUUGCCACGCUGUGAAAGUAAACGUCAAGA